AUGGCUGCCGUGUUCCUCGUCACGCUUUACGAGUACUUGCCGCUAUUCUACAUCACUGUGGUGUUCGUCUGCUUCCUGGUCACCAGCGGCCUGGUGUUGGGCUGGUUUGGUUUGGAUGUUCCUGUUAUUCUGAGAAACUCAGAAGAAACAGAAUCCAGUGCAAGAGUGUUGAAGAAACAGAUGAGACAAGUGAAGAAUCCUUUUGGGUUAGAAAUCCCUCAUCCUGCUGCAGCUUCAGUAACAAACGGCAUAGCACUGAGACCGGAUUGUCUGGAAGACUGUCUUCUCACAUGCUAUUGGGGCUGCAAUGUUCAAAAAUUCCACGAAGCGUUGCAGAAACACAUCUACUGCUUCAGAAUAAAGACUCCUCAGGCGCUGGAGGAUGCUGUGUACAGCAAAUACCUCUAUCGACAGCAGUACUUCAUUAAAAAAAAUGACAAGGAGGAAAAAUAUUGUCAGUUACCAGAAGAUGCUCAAGUUGUUGAUUUUGGCCCAGUUCCUCGCUCUCAGUAUCCAUUGGUAGCACUGUUGACGUUAGCUGAUGAAGAAGACAGAGAAAUAUAUGAUAUUAUCUCAAUGGUGGCUGUGAUUCACAUUCCUGAUGAGAGCUACAGACUUUCCUGCAGAAUAUUGUAUCAGUAUCUGCUUCUAGCUCAAGGUCAAUACCAUGAUCUGAAGCAACUCUUCAUGUCUGCAAAUAGCAUUGCACCGUCUUCAAGCGAUACAUCCACUGGUGAGAGAAGCACUGACAGAAACUUGCUAGAAAAGGCUGGACUGUCUGAAGAUGAAGCAGAGUUGCAUGAAGAAAACAGUAAAGACUGUGUUGUUUGCCAGAAUGGCACAGUGAACUGGGUGCUCCUACCUUGCAGGCACGCAUGCUUGUGUGAUGGCUGCAUCAAAUAUUUCCAGCAGUGUCCAAUGUGCAGGCAGUUUGUUCUAGAAUCUUUUCCACUUUGCAGUAAAAAGGAGCAAGAUGAAGAUGAAUCAACCCAUAUCUUACAAGAUGUUCUUCCUGGAAGAGUUUUUUAGUGGAGGGUUGGGGAGCAGGAAUCCUGGUUUACCAAGAGUAAACAGCCUGUUUAUGAGAGGAUUUGUAGCAUUAGGUUGUAUGGUUUUCCUUUUUAUUGUGAGGUAAUUUUCAGCUUCCGUAUUUUUUUCUUCACUCCAUGUGUUGGCAGCAACACUAUGCUUACCCAUGCAAUGUGGACAGAAGAAUUGUGUAGGAUGGGUUUGAAGGAUCUGAUUUUAUUUAUAACUCCUUUACUAGAUUUUUGUGGAGUACUGUUGGAGGCUGU